AUGGUCGGAGCGCGCCGAGCCCGUUUCCGCGGCGGAGCAGGCGAAACUGGGAUUGGAAGGUCCUCCGAACGGGGAGGCGGGGAGGAGCGACGGUGGAUCAGAGCGGAGCGAUGCGAUGGGGUCGCGGGGAAGGUGGGGAAGGGUGGGGAGGAUGGGGAGGAUGGGGAAAGGUGGGGAGGAUGGGAAGGGUGGGGAGGGUGGGGAGGGAGUGGAAGGUGGGGAGGGUGGGAAAUGUACGCUGCUCUCACUCCCUUCCCUUCCACCCGUUCUCCAUGUGUAUGGAUUCUUGACUUGUCGCUAUGCCAUUCGCCUUCCAAGUCGUCUCAAUACGCUAUUUCCUGGUACAUUCAAAACAAUGCUCUGACAUUUGGCCCUGUCUCCGCCUCCCCGUCCCCUUUCACACCCCCCUCCCCCCCCCACCCCCCUGCCUUUCUCCGCCACUUCCCCCUGCCUCUCACGCCCCCCUGCUUUCCACCCUCACUCCCCCCUUCUCCGCAUUUCCCACCAAACAAAUGUCAAUUGUGUCUCCACCUCCUCUCACCUUUCCACCUGCCCCCCAGACACCUCCUCUCAGACCCCGGGCAGAAAAAAAAGAAGGGAGUCACAACAGCAGAGGACGUCGAGUUCUUUCUGCGCCGCCGCUUCCCCUCCUGCAAGCUGGAAUACAUCGGCGGGCAGCCCGGGCAGGCGAAAGAAAAAGGCGAGGGAAUCGUGUGGCCCGUGUUUGUGUUCGACCCUUUCGUCAACGACACCGCCUUUGCCUCCAUGCUGCAACCCAUCAAGGGCCUCUCCCCCCGCCGCUCCCCCCAGUUCCGCCCCUUUGCCCUCGGGCCUCGAGACGGGGUCGCCCUCUUCCACCCCAUUCCCACUUCCUCCUCUUCCUCCUCCUCCCCCUCAUUCUCUGCAUCUUCUGCUGCUGCUGACACCUCCUCCUUGUCUCAAGAGACGCGGGAAGCGGCAGUGCUCCGCCUGCGCACGUUUAUGUGCAUGCACUCCCACCGUUGGAUCGACAUCCUACGGCUGGAUAUUGCCGGGCUCGAGCUCGAUCUGUGCGAGAAUGCCGCAACAGCAGCAGCAGCAGGAGGAGGGGGAGGGGGGUUAGGAGGGGGAGAUGCGUUCAGCACGAGUGUGGGAGAUCUGACGCAACAUGGUGCUGCAGCAUUGGCCGAGAAGACCCCUGUGGGGCCCACACCAGGGAGCGUUCCUAUUGGCCAGGUGGCGGUGAGGUUCCACGCUGAGCUGGCGGGGAGGGACGGGGCGAAGAGGCGGCAGAAGUGCGAGGAGACGUUUGCGGCGUGGGGGCUGAAGAAGGUGCAUGUGAUGGGGGAUGGGAGCACCGUGCUGUUUGCUCGCACUGAUGCUGCUGCUGCAUUGUAA